CCCUCUAGUGUGCUAGUUGGAAGCAAUAGGAGCCAAAGUUGAGCAAAUUUUACCUCAGGGGCUUACAUCAUAAACAUCGUCAAUCAGACAGCAAAGGAAGCACCACAUCUUCACACAGCAAUCCAUUACGAGAUGAUAGAAUAAUCCGGCAUGUUCAAAGGGGCAGGAGCCAGCUUCUGGAGACCCAUCUAGCGAAGUUGUUUAAUCAAAAAAUGGAAAUUUUCACAAAAGUUGCACAUACACAGGAGUCAGUGGUAACAAAAAUCGUAAAAUUUUGCCCGAAGAGUUUGCAAGAGUUUGUCUGUCUCCAGAACUUUAACCGUAGUGGAUUCCAGCAAAUACAGUUGGACAUUCAGUUCCUGAGGACUACUUUGAAGGAAACUGCUGAAGACGAAGCUGCCAUCGAUUUCCUACUCGAUGAGGUGAUUGUUGCUUGCUGCGGAACGAUGUCUGGAUCCAAUUCCCUUGGAACCCUCCAUCUUGGACAAGCUCAUACAAGCAAGUUGGCCAAGACCUCUGAACAGAGCCCAGCUUCUUCGUGACAACAUGGAUUUUCAAGUCAGUUAUUCUAAUGCUGUGUUGUUGGGGCAACAUAUUGACCAUAGCAGUUGUGUUUGACGAUCCAAAUUAGACCUACGGGCAUCUCAAGUAAACUAUAAUGUCUUGAAAGCUAGAGAAACUAGGUUUUAUUUGGAUUCACUGGAGGUAGCAAAGUUUUGAAAUCUACCACUUUUAAGUAUGAUUGAGAAAGUGGCUCUGGGUGAUGUAGCAUUCACAGUCUGGAUUUGCACCCAAAAGUUCUUGGAACUUUGAUGCCUUGUUAUGUUGAAGCUUAUGAUGCGUUAUAAUUGUAGCCUUACCGGAAACAUGAUGUCCCUGUUGUGAUCUAAUUUUCCCUGAUAUCUCAUGCUUACAGCCUAGUAUCAUGAUUCUAAAUAUUAGGCUCGAGGAAGCAUGGGAAAGAUAUCUGCAAAUUCAUCGAUAUCUUCAAAAUAUCAAGCAGUGACCGAUUGCGUGCAAGGAUCACAUGUAUUCGAGACAAUAGUAAGAGAUAUUUGUGCCAAAGCCCAAAACUGUACAUGCUCGUUGUGAUGACAUGGGUUUUCAACAUGAUUUGCAUGCAUUUGACGAACAAGGGUGGUAGCCGAGUUGGCAAAGGUGCAUGGUGAAACUCCCUACGUCUCAACGCAUUCGCGAGUUCAAAUUAGCUUGUGGUAGUGGUUCUU